UUCAUGGUGGUAAAUAUUGAUAAUGCACAAAUUUACGAGAUAUACAAAUGUAAUUCCUCACAGCUUUAAACCCGUUCAUGCAGCCGUGUUUUUUUACUCGGAGUAAUACAUGAACGAGACCUUAUUAAUUAUUUACAGACCAAAACACUUGACGUCAACAGGGAAGUUUUUAUUUGCUUCACGUACCACAAGAACCUAAUAUAAGGGUCUGAUUGCACAUGAAGCAAAUAUCCAAACCACUGGACGUGGCCUGUGUCGCUGGACAAGCUCUGACAAUUCAUUACUUUCUCGGCUGUUCCUCGGUACACCGCAAUGGCCUGCACAAUUGAUGUUGAGGAGUAUCCCCUUUUGGGCAUUGGAGAUCAUAUACCAUCCUAUGGAACCGAUGAAGAAAUCAUUGGCGCUCAACAAGGCACCAGGAGGGACCCUUGUGGUACACGUGUACAUGUCAUGAAGACCGUCUUCAAGGGGUUUGGGUCUUUCUGUGCGAAGCUGUGGAGAGCAAUCUGGCCUUUUCUUGGCUUCUGGUGGUUUUUGUUUUGUAGUAUCAUGCAACUGGUCUGUCUGUGGAGAGCAAAGACAGACAACGGUGGUCAUAAUGAGACUAUGGGCACCACGUGGUACCAUGUGGAUGUACACUACACACACACUACAGAUAACUCAUCAUUUGCUAACGGCACGUGGUGGUGGUCACAAUGUCAUCAGCCGUACAAAGUGGAGAAAACUAUUUCUUAUUCGCUCAUCUAUGGCCUAUUUACAUUCAUGUCAGCCAUACUGAUUAUCCGAUGGCGCUACCAGAUCAACUGGGAUGAUCUGCUGAGGAGUAAGAUCAAGCAAACUGCUGUUUAUGACAAACGGUAUUUAUUGGCCCUGUAUGUAAUUCUAUGGGCCAGCGCCGUCUUGUUAAACGCUAGUCUGAAAUGUGCCUCCUGCGAACAGCUCUUUGCCUUACGGUGGACGAUAAAGUACUUCUCUCAUCACGAGUACGAGGUACCUCACUACGUGUGCUCAUUUGUUACACUGGCAUUCUAUGCUAUAAUCUACGUGCCAUCGUUCUUCUGCUGUUCGUAUGUUAUGGAUUUGACCAACGCUUUAGUGUCCUUAGCCUCUGACACCAAGCAGCUAGCUAACACCAUUAGCAGCAAUGACCAACUCGACCACAUUCUCAACGAAGUCUCUAAUAGAAUCAAAGAGAAGAGUUGGUCGCGUUAUUCAGGCAUCGGCAAAGAGCUUCAAUUUUUCAUAAAAUUGACAAUGUUUGUAGGAGCAACGGUCGGUUUCUCGUUUGUGAACAUUUAUGUCUCUUCACAGAAACUAACUCUUAUGGAAUGGAACGAUCAUAUGACUCAGCUGUUAUCGCUUGCCGUCACUAUCAUGACUCCAUUCUUUUUCGUCGCAAUAGGAGUUAAAAAGUUGCAUGAAGCGCAUGAAAUCUUUGUUAGCGAAUCUAGAAAAGCACAAGUGGAGGACAUUCGUGUCACUGCCAGGCGUGUAGAUAUAGAAGAUAAUAGCGAAACAUGGGACGUGAUAAUUGAAGCUAUGAAGGAAAAUGUGGUCAGCAUUGUGAAUACUGAAAAGGAGCUGUAUAGGACGGCUUUAGCGACGAUAGGCGUGAUUCUGUGGCAACUCCUUGGCAAUCUAAACAAGUUUAGUGACACCCCCAAUACGAAUAUCGAGGAUGAACGAUUUGCUUUGACAUAUUUUGCCAGUUUAACGCUUCUUCUCGCAAUCUGUGUAACAUUUGGGCUACUGUUUGGGUUGAACAUGAUCCCACGGUGUAUCAAGUCAGGUCAUAGGCAAGGAAGCUGCGAGAUAUUCCUGUACUCCGUUUCGGUCGGAGUCGCUCUUCUUGCGGGGGUGUACACUCCCUGGUUGAUUCAGUUUAACGGUAGAACGUGUCCACUGUGAUAUCUGCUUAUCUGUUUACUCUUGCCCAAUAUUCCCAACUAUCUGGCUGUCAAAACACACCUUCAUUAGGAUAAUCUACCAACUGAUUUGCUAAUCUCUUGUUUCUAACAUACAUGUAAGAUAGC